AUGCCCUCACCGCCGCUCAAAAUCCCUGACGACCAAGCCAGGCAAAAUGUAGAAGGCAGCAAUGCCCACUUUUCGGAUGUCUCGUUGGCGCUCGAUGGAGCCGCGUCAAGCACUGAAUAUUUGGAGAAACUCGAUGGCAAGAACGGUCACAUGGAGAAUGCUGAUGCCAGCACCUCCUCCAAACUGCCAGCCAGACCGAGCCUGACCCCCGGCAUAUCCUCAACCGCUCGUCGGCCCUCAUUCAUCGACGAAGAGGAAGACCCGAUAACGACUGCUACAAUAGCAAAUGGCCGGCUUGACAAGUCCCACAAAGAAGCACCAGUGACAUGGAUGUCCUUGCCUAAGAAGGGACAAUUGGCCGUACUGACCUUUGCUCGACUCUCCGAGCCACUGACAGAACGGUCUCUUGCGGCAUACUUGUUCUACCAGCUCCGAUCCUUCGACCCAAGCCUUCCGGAUAGCACGAUUGCAAGUCAGGGCGGGAUGCUGACUGCCUCGUUUGCUGCGGCGCAAUUCAUAACAGCUGUCUGGUGGGGACGAGCGGCCGAUACACCCUGGAUCGGCCGCAAAAGGGUCUUGCUUGUGGGUUUAUUCGGUACGUGUAUCAGUUGCGUUGGAGUAGGGUUUUCGAAGUCCUUCGCUCAAGCGCUGUUCUUCCGAGCGUGUGCUGGCUGUCUAAAUGGAAAUGUGGGUGUCAUGAGAACCAUGAUCAGCGAAAUUAUCAAAGAGAAAAAAUACCAGUCGAGGGCAUUCCUUCUUUUGCCCAUGUGUUUCAACAUUGGUGUGGUUAUUGGCCCUAUACUCGGCGGCUUCCUUGCGGAUCCGAUAUCCUCGUUUCCCGCCGUCUUUGGGCCAGGUUCUUUCAUUGGUGGCAAGGAUGGAGUGAGAUGGAUGACGGCAUUCCCCUACGCUCUACCAAACGUGGUGAGCUCCAUCUUCAUCCUGGCCUCUGCCCUGCUUCUUGUGCUCGGUCUGGAUGAAACCCAUGUGGCGCUGAAGGACAGACCGGAUCAUGGCCGAAGAUUGGGCAAGUAUCUGGUCAGGGUUCUCUGUCGUCGGGGCAAGCAAGAAUACGAAUACUCUGAACUCGGCAACCAAGUCGAGUUACAGGAUGUUGACGAAGACGAUCAUUCAUCGCAAGGCAGAGAUGAUCCCGAGUCGUCUAGGACACCGACGGCAACGCCCACGGCUGCCAGACCCGCUUCUUGGAAACCCCAUCUAUCGUUCCGACAAAUCUUCCCAAAGAAUGUCAUCCUUACUCUCCUUUCUCACCACCUUCUUGCCAUGCAUGUAUCAGCAUUCAACGCCCUAGUCUUCCUGUUCCUCCCAGCUCCCCGGUCAAACAACACUCAUGCGAAAUUACCGUUCCUCUUCACCGGCGGCCUCGGUCUCAGCUCCGACCGUGUCGGCCUCGCAACCGCCAUCAUCGGCAUCAUCGGCUUCCCUCUUCAAAUCCUCCUCUACCCGUCCCUCAACUCGAAACUCGGCACUUUACCGAGUUACAGGUGGUUCCUUCCAUUUUCGGUCUUGGCAUACAUCAUCAUACCAUAUUUAGCCCUCCUUCCCAACAAAGCGUACUUGAUCUGGCCCGCACUUACAGUGGUGUUGGCGUUUCAAGUCAUUGCUCGCACCUUCGCUCUCCCGGGCUCAACGAUUCUGGUCAAUAAUUGUACGCCACAUCCGAGUGUGUUGGGCACGAUCCACGGAUUUGCGCAGAGUGUCUCUUCCGGAGCAAGAACCCUGGGACCUACCCUAGGAGGAUGGGGAUUAGGGUUGGGAUUAGGAGGAAAUUGUGUAGGCGCGGUUUGGUGGGUUAUGGCGAGCAUCGCGGUGUUGAAUUGGUCGUUACUUUGGGCUGUCUCUGAGGGGGAUGCCGGUGCUGCUGCCGCGGCGGCUAUGGCUGGUUGA